AUGAGAGGCCGAAGAAAAGUUGAAGUGGAUAAAGCUAAUGGACAAAUUGCAAACAAUAAAUUAUCUUCCAUUCGUUUAUCAUUUUUUGUUGUAUUUGUAAUAUUUGUGGUUUAUGAUGUCAGUAAAUUUAUUUUGGCAAAAGAUAGACCACUAAUUGAAACUAAAUUUGAUAUUGGAACACAAGCUUUGAUAUCAGAAAUUGUUGUUUGUGGACCAAAUAUGAAUGUUCAACCUAAAUGUUUUAUGGGUUUGUCUGGUAAUACCACAAAAGAAUGUGAUGCAUCAUGGUGGAGUCAGUGUCCUUUAGAACAAUUCAAAUUUAUAUUCCUUGACACUUCCAAUGAAAACUGUUAUAUUUUGACAACAUCAAAUUCAUCACAAUUCAAGCCAAAUGUCAUUGAAGAAUUAAAUAUUCAAAUGAAACUACAAACUUUACUUCCUGAUUCAUCAUUGGGUACAAUUUGUAAUUUUUUGGCCAUGUCACAAAAUCCAUUUCAUGUUCAUCCUGAUUUUUUUAAUUUACCAGCGAAACGUUAUUCACAUUUUCAAGAAGGGAAUUGUACAAAUUGGUAA